UGCUGUAAUCUGCUCGCCAAUCAGCUGCUUGGCUUGCAAAUACAGUACCAGAAGAGUCUCACGCAGGCUACAGUUUACAAAUGUGACAUUUGUCAGAGCUGCAGCCCAAAGUGCCAAACGACUUCCUUCUGAAUGCAGUCAGAACGAUGGGGAAUUGUCACCAGAAAACCAACAGGAAGGAAAAACCUGCAGAAAAAGGAGAAGAAACAUUCUAUGCAGAUGUAAAACCUGUGGAAAACACGAUGCCCAAAGAAGAACUACUUUAUGCUACAAUUGAUCAUGGCAAUUCUUCCAAAACGGACCAGCCAAUCAAACAUGAAGAUGAUUCCUGUGCUUAUGCUCAGGUCACAGUGCCAGCAGCCAAAACAAUAAAGGACUCCAUGGAUGACUGUGAUUAUGCUCAAGUUACAAUAACAGCAGUAAAGAAAAAAGACAGCUCCGUGGAAGACUGUAGUGACGACUAUGUUCUAAUGGGCUAACUGUGUCCUGAAUAUGCUGAAGGGUAUUUUAAAGAUUAUGAAAUACAUUCUUCAGACUUGACAGCUCAACAUCUUGCACCAGUUCCGACAGUUAUAGCUCUGUUGACAAAGACACAAAUUAUUUCAUGUCUAAUUGUUGAAAAACAUUAGUGAUGUGGACCCUCUUAUCAAUAUAGUCUUUUUUGUUUUUUUAUUUUUCAUAUUAUAUUUGGAAGAAUAUAUAUGUUCAAGAAAGAUUCUGAGACUCUUUAUGCUUUGUUGUGGAGAAAUCCUUUGCCUUUGAAAUAUUUUUUGCAAGUAAAUAUUUGUUUUUUAUUGUAUUAAUUAAUCAUUAAUACAAUAAUUAGGAAUUUUCAUUAAGAUCUGAGAUUCUAUAACUAGAGAAUUCAAUAUGAAUAGUGGUGUGCACUAUUGUUAUUUUUAUACUAUAUUUAUUUGUCAAUAAACAUUUUCCAUAUCUUA